AUGGAGUACAUUAGAUUGAUAUCCAAUGAGACAAUGAAACAAAGCGUUUGGACAACCGCCAGCAUGUUGGCAUCUGGGGCUGCAAUUGGUGCUCUCAUCACCUUUGUGGUAAUGAAUGAACCAAAGAAGAAAGCAAAGAAAUCCGAAAUUUCUGAUUCUCCUGAAGUCAGAGACAAGCAACAAUCGCCGCCAAGCAGAACUGACAACUGGAGGUCGAAUUCCUUCAUCAGCAUUCCUUCUGAUGGUGGUGAUGGUAACAUUCCGCCGACAGGAGUCGACCAGCAUCCAGAUCAUCACGAUCGACCAAGCCAUACCAUGAAUUGUGAUCACGAUGAAAAUUGGCAUCUUCCUCAGCAUACAUCUCCCAAUCAUCAGCACCAGCAUUCUCAUCGUCUUCAAGAAGCCAUGGAGAAACGAGAUAGAUUACCUUCCUUAAUCAUAUUGGUGAGACAUGGCGAGAGUGAAGGCAAUGCGGAUCAUACAUUGUAUCGGACCAAACCAGAUAAUCUGGUAGAACUCACGCAAAAGGGAAUAAAACAAGCGAGAGAAGCAGGGAAACGUGUGGAAAACAUCUUUGUCAGUUACGAUCAGGAGCAGCUCAAAGGACAUCAUCCUCAUCCAAAUCGAUUGACAUGGAAAUCGGAAAACUGUUCUUCGUCCAUUUCAUCUUUGGGAGAUGAUGAAAUUGCCAACGAAAAUGAUGAUGAAAAAGAUCCUGCAAACACAUCGGUUACUCCCCCAUCCAUGACUUCAAGCACCUCGUCCGUUCAACCUUCCAUCAAGCGGGCCCAUUUGAUCAUUUCUCCCUUUGAACGGACGCUGCAAACGGCUGCCGCCAUGCGAAAAGGCUUUGAACAUCGAAUUGUUCGAACCGAUGUCCAGCCAAGGAUUCGAGAACAAGAGUUUGGCAAUCUACAAGGAGAUGACUUUCAACUCUUUCGAGAAGAACAAAAAAGGGUGGGCCGGUUUUGGUAUAGAUUUCCGACCGGCGAGAGUGGGUCCGAUGUUUCGGAUCGUGUCCAAAGUUGGUGGUUUGAUUCCGUCUUGAAUGUCAAUGAACGAUUUGGAUAUGCUCCUAUUGAUGCAUUGGUAGUAGUGACACAUGGACUGACCAUGCGAUUUGUGCUCAUGCAAUUGUAUGGUUGGUCUCCUACCACAUUUCAUUCGGUUUGGAAUGCCGACAAUUGUGAUGUUUAUGUUUUGAAAAAGGAUUUGACAAAGCCGGGGCUGUCACCCUAUGUCUUGGAUGAUACAUAUGGAGGAAACAUGCCCAAGUCAUCGAUUGAUUUGCUAGUGGAAUUUCACAAUGACACUACUCAAGUGGAUGCUGAAAUGACAAAUGAGGAUACUCAGUCAAGACAACGAACGAACCAAAAACAGUUCAAGUUGACCGAUUACUUGAGCAUUCCACCUCCCCGCACUACACAACUGGAACUAGUCAAGAAGAAACUGGUCGAACAGUACCCAGAAGAGAUUGAUAAUGUUGACAGUAUCAAGAGUAUUGUUUUCAUGCCAUUCUUUGAUGGUGCCCUCACACAGGGAAGAUCCACCUCGGGCAAGCCACCACACCAAAAGGAUUACGUUGGCGAGAAGGGCUUGGCGGACGAAGCAGCUAUCAAGCCAACAGAUGGAGUCAAGAUCGUCGACAAGUCCCACAGCCCAAAACGUGGGAAGAUUCGAUCCAGCAACCGAUUCCCGUACUACCCCGAAGUACAAGACGACAGCUGGCGUCCCAAACAAAAGAGAGAUCGUGUGAUUGCCGAACGAGACUACCGAUGA